UGAGAGAUUGGCGGCGAGGUCCAGACUAAAUUAGUUACUAGUGCAACCACCAACCAACUCUGUGCAAGUAGCGUAUUAGGCCUACUCGACUAGUCCCCUCCCCUCGCUUAACGGUAAAGGAAAGACAACUCUUUUGUUACUCUUCCGGUUAAAUCACAUGAACGAAAGAUGGCAAACAGCUGAUGGAUCAUCGGAUGAAAACAAUGUCAAUAUAUCCACAGUUUGAUUAUCUCUGACAUAGAGCUUAACGAUUUCAGUGACUUGAACAUGAGUAACGGUACUACUAGCGCCAAUACUCCAGACGAGACGGAGUCUAACACGUACGGGAGUACCCCCGGGGUGGCACGAGGUGACAAUACACACACGGGGGGAGGUGAUGGACAGUUUGAUUUCUCUUUCUCAACUUCUUUAGUGAGAGACUCGCUCGAUGACAAACACAAACACAUUUCUCACUCCAUUAACACACCACAAAACAAUGAACGUGUGGCGAGUAGGAAACUCUCGUUCUGUAGAGAAUUAACUGAGCAUACUCACCUGCUGCAAGCCACAGUGUUCAUAGAAGAUGCUGCUAAGUACCGUGAGAUUUAUCAUCGAGUGGACAAAAGAGCUCUUCAGGUGUACAGACUCUACCAUUCCACUGCAUUACAAAGAUGUCGCUAUGUUUUUACCUUUGUGCUACACAUCCUGGCAUUCUUUGAAUAUCCAUCCUCCCUGACGUGGACGUCAGACAUCCGUUACCGUGGAGACAGAAUCAACAUUCCGUGUGGAGUCACCGAGGGAUUUGAACUCAUCUGUCUUCUUUUCUUCACGAUGGAUGUCAUAAUGAAAUACUGGUUAAUUGGCUUUGAACAGUUUCGUAAAAAGAAAUGGAUGAUAGCCACUGUGGUUGUCCUGGGACUUUCUCUCAUUGAUUGGUGUGUUAGCAUUGGCUUCCAGUGUAACGAGGCUACUCGGUUCCGUAGAAUUAUCCGUCCUUUUUUUAUCAUCAAUUACUCCAGUAUUAUGAAGAAGACUGUAAAAUGUCUCCAGAGGACUUUACCGGAGGUUGUCAGUGUCUUGCUGUUGUUGGGGUUACAUCUCUUUGUGUUUUCUCUCAUUGGAAUGUUGCUGUUCCCCACUCCAAAGCCCUAUGGUCAGAUGAGCAAUGUUACUGAUGGGAUCUCAGCUUCUGUGUCAAACUUGACCACACCCUCUCCUGCAAACGAUACCAAUGUGGUUAAGGAGGGGGAUAAGUACUUCCGUACUCUACUGGACUCUUUCAUGAAUCUCCUUGUUCUGCUCACCACAGCCAACAACCCAGACGUUAUGAUGCCAGUGUACCAAAACAACAGACUGUAUGCUGUGUAUUUCAUCAUAUUUUUACUCAUUGGGAACUAUUGUUUUAUGAACAUGCUUCUGGCCGUCAUUUAUAACCAGUUCAGAGGGUAUUUUCAGACUUCCAUGCAGUCUGCAUUACUGAGGAGGAGGGUGGGAGUUCGAGCUGCUUAUGAGGUCCUGAAAGAGGUGGACAGGUACCUCUCCCCCACGGAGCAAAGAUUUGGGGUAUCUUUGUACAAUGUCAAGACGAUCAUAGAGCAUGCUGAUUUACCCCUGCAUGUCAAGUCAGCUCUCAGAGAGGAUCUGGACAGGAAAUCCACCAUGUCUGAUGACUAUCUCUCACUGUUAGAGUUUCAGGCUUGCUUUGAAUCCAUGGAAACAGAUUCUCCCCAGAAGCAGAAACCGGAUAUUAGAUGGUUCCAGAACCCAUGGAUAAGAAGAUUCCAAAGAUGUGUGGCUCACAGAUUCUUUGGUUACUUUGGUAACCUGGUGGCAGCAGCUAAUGUUAUUGUGAUCGCAGUGGAGCUGUCAUUAGUGUAUGAUAAAAGUUUGGGAGGCAACACAUCAGAUCUUAAUAUCGUGAAUUUUGUUUUUGUCUUGUACUACUUGGUGGAACAAAUCAUCAAACUGACAUGUCUGGGAUGGAGGCGGUACCUGUCCGAGUACUGGAACAUCUUCGAUGGCUUCAUCACCAUAACGCUUGUAAUUACUGAAAUGUUUGCUGUAGGAUACUAUGGCUUUCCACUCAGUGGUUCCAAACAAGUUCAUGAUACGCCAAUCGUCUGGAAUGUUGCACGCAUCAUCAAUAUUCUUAUUUUGUUCAGGCUUCUGCGCAUAAUACCAAAUAUUAAGGCGAUGACUAUCGUUGCUGCAACACUGGUGGAUCUUGUAAAGAACCUAAAGUCUUUUGCUGGAAUAUUAAUUGUGAUUUACUAUUCAUUUGCCAUUCUGGGCAUUGAAAUCUUCCAUGAUGCCAUUAAGGACCCACCAUCUAAUGAUACAGGGUUGGUGUUUGAGUGUGGUUCCUAUCAGCAGCUGAAGUACUGGGCCAACAAUUUUGAUGACUUUGCGGCCGCCCUAGUAGUUUUGUGGGACGUAAUGGUGGUCAAUAAUUGGAGCGUUUUUCUGAAAGCUUAUGCGGAGGUCAAAACUGAAUGGUCCUAUUUAUUCUUCAUUGUUUGGUGGUUGUUUUCUGUCGUCAUAGUGAUGCAGUUGUUUACAGCCCUCAUUAUUGAGAACUUUAUCAUGAAAUGGGACAAGAGUGCUUCCAGAAGGAACAGAGGAAAUUCAGACUUUGAGGAAUCUCAUCAUUUCAUGUCUUUACAUGAAAUGUUCAGGCAAAAUCUUCAUGAACCAACAGAGGAGGAGAUUAUGUUACAAAUUAACAGUAACCAAUAUCUACGAGACACUGUGUCAUAGGGAAUUUAGGGGAGCGUGGAAUGAACAAAGACUUAUCUCCUGACACUGUGUCAUAGAGAAUUUAGGGGAGCGUGGAAUGAACAAAGACUCAUCUCCUGACACUGAAAAUUAGGAAAGAAAAUAGUGUUACCAAUCAGCAGUCACCAUUACCGAUAGAACGUGCUGUGCCAUAGAACAUUAAGGUUUAUAGAUGCUGGGUAUUCUUCUUACAGAGAAGAGUCAAGAUGAUGAGACCUCCUGGAAAUCAGCAAGAGCAUGUAUCUGCUGCGUGUUGUGCCAGAGAUGUUAUACUGGUUGUCUACUCAAAUACCUCUAGUCUUCUUGUGUUUUCUUUAAGGCAUUAGUGGCAUUGCCACAAUGUGUGAAUUGUUUUAAUACUUCAGAACAUGAGAAAUUGUUGAAUAUUUUUUACAUUGAAUGUUCUACAUAGCUUGUGAUUGCUUUGUGUUUUUUUAAGACUUUGAAAUCAAUUUUCACGAUGUCUGUAAACCUUGGCAGUGAAGAUUGAAAAAGACUUGUAUUGAAAAUGAGCCAUUUGAAUGAAAUAUCACAUUUCCUAAUACUCACUGAAGGUCACAUUAAAUGUUUUUAUUCAAAAAGGUAUUUCAAAUCGCAAUAAGGAAUAUGUAGCAGACUGAGCCAAUAUAAGGUAAUAUGAUGUAAAACAUUAGAGAAUUGAUUUAUGAAUAAUUUUUUCUCAAUGUAUUUGAAAUAAGAUGAUUAUCAACAUAAAAGUAACUUGUUAUAACAAUGUAAAGUCCCUUUUGAGUUUUGGGUUGUAUAUGUACAUGUAUUAUCAAUAUAUGCAGUUAACUGUAUGUACACAAUACAGAAAUCAGAAAGGUUUAUCAUCUCUCUAGACAUACAGAAAAGUUUUAUCAUCUCUAGACAUACAGAAAGGUUGAUAUCUCUCUCUAGACAUACAGAAAGAUUGAUAUCUCUCUAGACAUACAGAAAGGUUGAUAUCUCUCUAGACAUACAGAAAGGUUGAUAUCUCUCUAGACACACAGAAAAGUUUUAUUAUCUCUAGACAUACAGGAAGGUUGAUAUCUCUCUAGACAUAAAGGAAGGUUGAUAUCUCUAGACAUACAGGAAGGUUGAUAUCUCUCUAGACUUACAGAAAGGUUGACCAUCUCUCCAGACAAAGACAUUUAUCAAAACUUCCCCAGGCAGUUAUAAAUGUUUAUCAUUGAGUUAUUUAUCAUUGAAAUUGUUUAAUUUAUACUUUUAUGCCAUGUGGUUGGGAAGGAUUUCUGCCUAGUGGUUGGGAAGGGUUUCUGCCUAGUGGUUGGGGAGGGUUUCUGCCCAGUGGUUGGGGAGGGUUUCUGCUCAGUGGUUGGGGAGGGUUUCUGCCCUGGGGUUGGGGAGGGUUUCUGCCCUGGGGUUGGGAAGGGUUUCUACCCAGGGGUUGGGGAGGGUUUCUGCCCUGUGGUUGGGAAGGGUUUCUGCCCAGUGGUUGGGGAGGGUUUCUGCUCAGUGGUUGGGGAGGAUUUCUGCCCAGUGGUUGGGGAGGGUUUCUGACCUCUGGUUGGGAAGGGUUUCUGCCCAGUGGUUGGGGAGGGUUUCUGCUCAGUGGCUGGGAAGGGUUUCUGCCCUGAGGUUGCAUGCUGUUGGCAUCCCUGAUGGAAUUGGUUGGAGCAGGUCCCAUAUUUAUCUGACCAUGAAUCUGAGUCUGUAUCCAUAGGCUAAAUCUACUUUAACGAAUUUUUAACCUUACAUUUACCACCAUUUACAUGUAAGAGUCUUUAGUACUUGACAUCUUUUCUAGAUGGGUCAGUACAUUAAAAUUGAAAUGUACACUGUAGCUUGUUAGUGUUGAUUUACAGAAAUGUUAUAGUUUGGCUGGUUAGUCUUACGGUAGAAUGGGGUAGACAUGGUCCUCCGAUACAAUAGACCAUGUUGUGAAUUUAAUAUUUAGCUAUGCAUUGCUUUGUUUCAUUUUCAUAGUUUUUAUAUGUUUGUUUUGAGUCGUCAAAAGCUUCAAAUAAUAGAAUAUUUGUAUCUGUGAUAUUUAUAAAUAAAAUAUUUUAUUACUUAU